AUGUCUCGUGUUGCUCAGCCCAGGUCGACGCCUGCGCGACCAGGCGAAGAUGGUGAGCUACAUAACGCCGACCUCGACCUGUCGAGUCUCCGCUUGACCGCAGGCAUCGCUGACAGCCUGACCUCAGACAUCUGCCCCGUAUGCAAGUCCUCACGCUAUCUCAACAAGUCCAUGCGUUUUCUGGUCAACCCAGAAUGCUAUCACAAGAUGUGCGAGUCCUGCGUGGACCGCAUCUUCUCCCACGGUCCAAACAAGUGCCCGAUCGCUGGCUGUCAUCGCACCCUACGAAAGCACAAGUUCCGAGAACAGACAUUCGAGGACAUUCAUGUCGAGCGCGAGAUCGACAUUCGAAAGCGCAUAGCCAAUAUCUUCAACCGUCGCGAAGAUGAUUUUGAUUCACUACUCGACUACAACAACUAUUUGAACGAGGUCGAGGAUAUCACAUUCAAUCUCAUCUAUAAGAUCGAUGUCGACGAGACGGAAAAGAAGAUUUCGGUCUACGCUGACCAGAAUGCCAAAGCCAUCACAACAAAUGCCGCUCUCGCAUCUCAAGAAUCACACGACUAUUCAGCGCUGCAAGCCGCAGAAAGAGAACAAGCUCGUCUACGGAGAGAGGCUGCUCGUCGGGAAGAGGAGGAAGAGAGAAGAGCACGUGCCGAAGGAAGACAGGACAUCAUCGAUCGUCUUGCCACUGGUUCAGGCGAUGCUGACACAAUCACACAAGAGAGUCGCGUCACGCUCAAGAAACGACUCGACAAGAAGCAAGCUGCCGACAGACAGAGACAGCUGCAAGCCGCCGCCGCUGCAAAAGAUGCAACAAACGGCAGCAGUGGCAUUGUCAUCAAAGGUCUCAAGACACGCAAAGCACCUGGUCCAGAAGCUCCGUACGACGCCUUUGGAGGACUCCAAUUUUUCAACGAGUACCAUAUCGUACAAGAUCACUACGACUGGGACUGGCUCAAUGAGAUCGACACACAGGUUGCUAUUGUUGCAGGCGGCUACAGCAAACAAGAGUUUCAUUCAAGGGCACUCUGCGAAGCAUUCUCAGGUCUUGGGGUCAUUGUUGGAGGGGAGAAGGCCGAGCAAAAUGGCACACACAACGCAGCUACUAUUGGCACUGCAGCCGCAGUUCAUGGCGGCUCUGGCGCAAAGGACGUCAAGAUGGAGGACCCGUUUUGA